CUGUCUUCAGGGCUCCGGGCCAUCGCCAAGCCCUCUGCCACAUGGCCAGCUGCCCACGCGACAACUGCACGUCACGACUGCAUCGCGAAAGAACUUCGGGCAACUUCGGAAUCCUUUUGCGGUCUCGACAAGACUGAACUCAUCCUCCAAAUCAGAUAGCCAUGCGCACAAGUCCUGGGUUCAUGUCGGGUGAUUUCUUCCGCAUCAAAGGACAAUUCUCCUCGUCAAUCGUGGGAGUCGUCGCCAGGAUCCUGGGACGAUUUGGCCCCAAUCCAAAGCAUUAUACACGAUUUCAUGUUCGUGCCGUGCUAAUUCCACUUUUGUACAAUGUAAAAUUGAUGAAUGUGGGAUGUUUGAUGGUAAAGGGUCGAAGUCGAGUCAAUUACCAGGCGUCUGCGACGUCGUCGCUGCAAACAGAGACACCAGUGUAUCACAAAGCUAGCCCACAAUGCCUUGCCAUAGUGAAUCUCAGUAUCAGCAAUUAUGAUACAACUUCUUUCGAUGCUACACGAGAUACGCGGCGUCAGAUGAUGAGUCUGCUGCAAAACCAUCGCUUUGUUUCAAGGCCACGUGGUAGCACUGCAGAGAUGCAGAUGCUGUGCGAGCGCAGCAUCAGCUGGCCGUGGUACAAGCGAGCUCUGCAUCCUGAUUUCAGCAUGCACAAGGAAUUCAUCACACAACAACACUUUCAGAUAAAUGGUGGCGAUCUGGCGGUAUUGGUGGCCGCCGGUCAGUCUCGCCACGAUCCGGAAAUUUAACAUUGCGCACGAUAAUCAUUGCAAUGUCACUUUGAAAAUUAUUCUGAAAUGAUGUUCGGAUCACGACGGAUUCCAUCUACGAGAACUCUUUCUUGGUGGUAAUGACAGGGCU